UCAUUCCUAGGGUUUUAAUUCGAUACGAGGUCAGCGAAUAUCCGGCGACUGAUAACUCGAGCUCCGACAGCAAAGGACAAGGAAGGAGUUGUUUGUGUCCAUGGCAGCUUUGCUAAUGUCUCGUGAAUGGAUCGGUAUUCAGCAAUUCCCAUCAGCUACUCAAUCUAAGCUGCUUGAGAUCCUUGAGAAGUUCAGAGAAGAGGAUGUGAGCUCGCUAACAGUACUUGUAAUGGGGAAAGGCGGCGUUGGGAAGUCGUCAACUGUUAAUUCAGUUAUAGGCGAGAGAGCUGCUGCAGUCAGUACUUUCCAGUCUGAAGGACUGAGACCGACCUUGGUCUCUCGCUCACGGUCAGGUUUUACAUUAAACAUCAUCGACACUCCUGGUCUUAUUGAAGGAGGAUACGUUAAUGAUCAAGCCGUCAACCUUAUCAAAGGGUUUCUCUUGAACAAGACUAUAGAUGUGCUACUAUACGUGGACCGUUUGGAUGUAUACCGGGUCGAUGACUUGGACAGGCAGGUGGUGACGGCUAUAACCGAUGCAUUUGGUAAAGAGAUAUGGAAGAAGUCUGCUCUUGUCCUCAGUCAUGCUCAGUUCUCUCCACCGGACGGAUUAAACUAUGAUCUCUUUGUCUCCAGAAGAUCUGAUGCUCUUCUGAAACUGAUCCGUGGUGCCGCUCAGCUGAAGAAACAGGAUAUGCAGGGUUCGUUGAUUCCUGUCAUACUUGUUGAGAACAGUGGAAGGUGUCAUAAGAAUGAAAGCGACGAAAAGAUUCUUCCAGACGGAACUAGUUGGAUUCCAAAUCUGUUCAAGACAAUUACAGAGAUCUCCUUUAAUUGCAACAAGUCGAUUCACGUUGACAAGAAACUUGUGGAAGGGCCAAACCCAAACGAUAGAGGAAAACGACUGAUUCCAUUAAUCUUUGCAUUCCAAUACCUGUUAGUGAUGAAGCCACUGGUUAGAUUUAUCAAGUCUGAUGUAUCUAGAGAGAGUAAACCGGCGUGGGAGAUGCGAGGCUCCGGUUCAGCAAGCCGAAGGUCUUAAAACUCCGGUUUUGGUUUUGUCUGUCUUUUGAGAAGUUUCUGUAACGACACCGAAGCUUUUAUAUCUUUGAGUAAUUUUGUACUUUUUUGGUA